AUGCGCGGGCAGGCCCCGGCGGCGCGGCUGGAGGCGCAGGGGCUCCAGUACGCGUGCGCGAGCGGCGUCCGCCCCUCCCCCGCCCUGCACUGCUCGGUGGGCCUGGGCGCCUCGGGCUCAGCGGGGGAGCCGCGCCGCGGGAGCGUCAGUGCCUUGAAUCCUGAGGAGGAAGCCAAGAAGCCCCUCUACUUAGAGGACUGGCUGCUGGAGCCUGAUUGGGUUGUUCUGGGACCAUUCCUGAGCUACCCGUCCGCCACUGCUCUGCCCACAGAGAACCCAUGGCGCUGUGACUGUGCCCUGCACUGGCUGGGAGCAUGGAUCAAGGAAGGGGGCCAGCGGCUGCUCAGCUCCAGGGACAAGAACAUCAUGUGUGCAGAGCCCCCGCGCCUGGCACUUCAAAGUCUCCUGGACAUAUCUGGCAGUAGCCUCAUCUGCAUCCCGCCCUCUGUACACGUGGAGCCGCUGGAGGUGACGGCCAACCUGGGUGAGGACCUGCGCGUUGCCUGCCAGGCUUCCGGCUACCCGCAGCCCCUGGUGACCUGGAGAAAGGUGGCCCAGCCUCGUGAAGGGCAGCCACGGGCCCAGAUCCAGCCAGAAGGCGGGGCACCGCGCCCAGGCGGGCCCGGCGCCUCUGACACGGGCAGCGGCAUGCUCUUCCUCACCAACAUCACCCUGGCCCACGCAGGAAAGUACGAGUGCGAGGCCUCCAACGCCGGCGGCGCCGCCCGCGUGCCCUUCCAGCUCCUGGUCAACCUGUCCCAGCAGCAGCAGCUGCAGCUGGCGCCCCCGCCGCCUCCGGCCGCCGGCCCCGUCAGCCACGAGCCCCUGCAAGAGGCCGGCAGCAUGGCCUUCCGCGCCCUGGGCCUGGCCACCCAGACGGCCAUCGCGGGCGCCAUCGCGCUCCUUACGCUCACGGCGCUGCUGCUGGCGACCAUGAUCUGCCGCCGGCGGCGCAAGAGAAAAAAGGCGCCGGGACUGCCGGGGGAGGGCGCGCUGUUCGUCAACGACUAUUCGGACGGGCCCUGCACCUUCGCGCAGCUCGAGGAGCUCCGCGACGAGCGAGGCCACGAGAUGUUCGUCAUCGACCGUUCCAAGCCACUCUUCGCCGAGGGCCCGACGGAGGCUGCCGAUGGCGCAGCAACCGGGCCGGCGCAGGGCCUCCCGCUGCAGCCGCCGGCAGCCUACGAGAUCCACUGCUGA